CCUCCACGAACUUCCUGAGGGCUGCGCCAUGUGGGCACUUGGGAUCAGGCAGUCUGGUGGUGCCACAGCAAGUCUCUGGCUUGGCAGAGCUGCCCCAUGAUCCUGCUGGGGAGACUGUGGUCCACACCAGGGAUGCCCAGGUCCCAGAAUGAAGGAGACUGUCUCCGGGUAUGACAAUGGGUAGGGGGCAGAGGGAGAAGGUGGCUUCCAGCUGGCCUCCAGAGGAGGAAGAUGAGAGGGCUGGCCUGAGCAGGAGCAGGUGGAAGAGGGCUGUGGUAGGAAGCAGAGAGGAUGGGUGAGAAGGGGGAUCCAUCAGGCCUGACACAAAACUGCAGAGUUUGCACCAGGGGCAGGGUAUCCUGGGUCCAGGCAGUGCCAGCUGCCAUAUGACACAGGGUUCAGGUAGCAGGCUGUCAUAUGACACAGAGGACAAAGUAGACAGGUGUCAGAUUCAUAAGGAUGAGGAGGAGGCCUAGCUUUGAAGGACCUCAUCACUCACAGGGAAGCUUCCCAACUCCCCAGGAUGGCUUUCAAGGCCUUUCAUGGUCUCCCCUCAACCUUCCCUUCCAGCUGCAUGGUCCAUUACUUUGCUUUGAGUUCUCUGCUACUGGACAAACACUUUCUAAGAACUUCUACCUCAGGGCCUUUGCUCAAGCUCUUCCCUCUGCCAAGAGUGCUUUUCCUCCCCACAUCCACCUGACUAAAGAUUCCAGACCCAGCUCCAGUGCCCCGUCCUGCAGGAAGUCUUCUGAUUAGCUUAAAAGGUCUCCAGAGUGAGUUGACCCAAUCUCUCCCAAGACCAUGAGCCUGUGGAGGGCAGGGAGCCACAUCUGACUCGUGUCGGGUGUCAUCAUUGCGCAUUACACGCACAGUAUAAUGUACACUUUCUCUUGUACACGAUGCAUGUGCUUUGAGAUGACAUGAACUGACCACCAUGGGAGAGACCCUCCGAGAAUAAGCCACAGUCACCAAAGACCUACUGCGUGUGGCCCCAGGCUUUGCACAAGAUGUCACACACAUUUGACGCCAUUUGAUCCUCCUGGGAGUUGGGUGUUACCAUACCCAAGCUCACGGCAGCUAAGGAGCUUGCCUUCCAGGGUCACUCAGGUCUGUCUGGCUUCAGAGCCCAGGGUCAUGCCGAGCCUCACUUCUUGAUCUUAAUAGGACCCCUUCCGGGAUCAGGAUCCAGACUCUUCUGGGAAAGAGGGGGAGAGGCAGAAGGAAUCCUGGUACCCGUGGGCAAGGAUGCCACCAUGACAUCAGAGAAUCCACCACCGCCCUAGUGCCAAAUCCAGACUCCACCCCCACCCCACUCACUGCGGGUAGGCAGGGCUCCCUCUGCUGACACCCCUCCCUGGGACGUGGGGCUCAGCUGCUUUGACAGGAGAAGGGCAGGCAGCCAGGAGAGGGCAGAGGAACAUGGGCAGGGUGACAGGGAAGCCCGUCUCUGCUCCAGCCGUGUCCUGGUGCACCUGUCCUUCUAAGCAAAAUGGGAAUGAGGGAUCCUGCUGUCCCCACCUGUCAUCAAAAGUUUAUUAGGGACCUCUGAACCAGAGAUGGCUGGCUCUAGAACUAAACUGGUGUUGGGGUAGGGGGGAGAGGUACAGCGUAGGUAGCAUGAAUCCUGUUGAAGACCCCUUUCACAGGGGUGUGUUGUCACUGCUGGUGUCCCUGAAGGUCUGGGUAUUGGCUCGAGAUCCUGUCCUACUUCUGCCUGUUCUAGCUGGGUUGGAGGACCUUGUUGAAGGUGUUUGAAGCAGUCACUUCCCUUCUCUGAGCCUACGAACCUCAAUUUCCCUUUCUGCAAGAGGCAGGGGCUGGGCUGGGACAGUCCAGCCUUCCUCGGCAUUUUCUGUGCAAGGAAGUGGUAGGCUGAGGCUUCUGAGUGGCUAUCAGCAACUCAAAGGUCCCUGGUGCCUCCUCAUGGGCUUGGUUGUCCUGGACUCUCAGAGGACUUUGAGUCAGAGAAUCCUGUGAGCCACGUAUGGGCCCAUGCUCAGAAGAACCCUGAACCUGGUUUAAUGCCCCCAUCUUGAAAUCCUUCAUGAUGAAACUCAGGGUCCUGGGCUUUCACUUUGCACAGGACUGUGCAGGGCCUCAUCCAUCCUCCUUUCCAGCACCAAGUUGUUCAGCCCUGAACAACUUCAGGCUCUGCUACCACCAAAGUCUGUGCCCUUGGGACAGGGACAGGAAAAAAAUGUCACACCAGGCACUUGAAAUUGGAGAUGGGUGAAGAGGGGAGAGGGUUGGGAAAACAGGUAGCCUGAGAGCUCUGGCACUCAGGUAAAGUUGAAGAGAGGUUCUGGGUCUGGGGGAGGAUGUGCUGCAGGCCCAAGAUCAGAGAAGUCUGGCGUUGAGCUCAAACUGCUGCCAGCAGUUAGGGUUGACAGGUGAGAGGCAGACCUAAACCUGCUGCCUGGGACCUGACACUUUGGGGCGGAGUUGGAGAGGCUGUGCUGCCAGCCAGCCAAUCAGGUGCUGGGACAUGUGUAGCUGACCUCUGAUUGGCUGUCACUAUCCCCUCCUCUGCAUCCCUUGAACGUGAUGCUUCCAUUGUACAAAUGAAUGCUUAGGCCCUAACUGUAGAUAGAAUCCCUGACCCCACCCCGCAGCCAGGGCAUUUAUAGUCUGGUGAUUUAUAUCCUACAUCCAAUAUUGGAACUAGUAGGUCCCCAAGAGAUCUUGGCAUAUUUUCACAGCCUGCUCUGAGGAUGGCCCUAUGCUGGGUGUUGGGAUACAAACACGUCAGGAAGACACUGCCCUCGGAUGCCUGUGACAUAGAAGUCUUCCCUGCCAUCUCCCUCCUUGUAACUAUGCUCAAACUGAAGCCUCAGUGAGUUUUUGUCUGGUGGUACUGAGGUUUGAACUCAGGACUUCCUACUAGUGAGGCAGGCGCUCUACCACUUGAGCCACACCUCCACCCUAGGUGAGCGUUUAAAAGUAACACUUAGCGCCCCAUCUUAGCCCCUGGCUCCCCUUCACACUUAAAACCCAUCUCCUGUCCUGGUGUUCAAAGUCCCAAAUGACACCCCUCCCCAAACCUCAUCUACCACGCACCACUUACCACCCCACUCCAGAGGCCUGUCUUGAUAAAGCAGACAUGCCAGCCUCCCAUUUCUGACACCUGGAAUGCUUCUCCCUCAUGUAUACCCACUGCCUGCUCAGAUGUGACCUCCCCAGCCCCUGUCUAAGGCAGCCCCUCCUCGUUUCCCAUCCUGCUUCACUUCUCAGCCCUCUUGUGACUUUCCCUGCCACGGACUGGGUUGGCCAAAGUGGGCAGAGCUCCCUGAGGACUGGGCCUGACUUGUCUACAACAGAGUCAAGCACAUCACAUGUUUGGGACCAGCAAUGACAGGACCACCCUGGCAGGCAAGGCACAUUCUGGCCUGCCCUGAAAAGGUACUGCAAGGCUUAAUUUUGUCAGGAAGAGUCCAAGCUAUUAAUUCGGUGACAUUGUCUGGUAUUCACUGCCACCUUCAUUUGUGACCCUCUCUUCAGCGAACUGGCAAAGCAAGCCAGGACUUCCCAAGGGCCUCAUGACAUCUGGCCUCCAAGACCUGGCACCUUCCUGGGGUUCAGGCUCCUACCUGCCUGGUCAAUCGUCCUGUGUCCCCAAAUCACCAGUCACUAAUGACCUGUGGACCCAGGUUUCCCUGAAUGCACCAUCAUUCCUGUUUGGGCGAGAGCAUGGGUGGUGACCAGGUGACACCUGGAUGCAGAGCCUCCUUUGCCUUCCUGCCCUCCACUCUGUUUGAGUGGCAGGGCCGCUUGCCUCCAGAGAAACUCCACCCUCCACAAAUAGCAGUGAUGCUCACAGUGUGGGCUUUCCUCACCUGGGUGACAGCACCUAGGCCUUGCUCUGCCAACUGGCUGGGAUGUCUCAGCAACUCCCUUUCUGCCUGUGUGCCUGAGUUUCUUGCUGGAAAAUAGGGGUGAGGAUUGCCUGCAGUGGUGUGAAAGGCUGCUUUGGGCCUCCCUCCUAAGUGUGAGUGACACCAGGAACUCACAUCAUGGACGAAUCCCUGGGGCAGCUGGACCCUGGCAGCUGGUCCUCUAGGGAGGAUCUAGUAGGCCUUUGAGCUUAUCAACAAUAAAAUUGCUCAACUUCCCAGCAUCUCCCAGUGGGAAGGUUUGGCUGUUUGCUGUCACUUUGGCUCCUCUGAUGCCCCCAAGAGACAGGGUUUUUAUUUUUUUGGUGAAGACAGUGGGGUUCAGGUCACAAGUUACCAUCCUGUGUCACACAGCCAGGCCAUGGCUUCGUGAGGAACUCUGCUCCCAGCCAGCUGUCCCUGGGUGGCUGUCUCCGGCUGAACAGACCCUCCUACAGUCCAUUCCCUUGUUCACUAAGGACGUCACAGAUGGGCAGGCUGAGCCUGCAUCCUGUGCUCAGGGGCUACUGGCCUUGGAAAAGCUUCCUGACAUCAUGGGGCCUCAGUUUCCCCGUCUGUCUACUGGCAGUAGCUUGAAGUCCUGUUGACUCAGGUCAUGUAGGACUUCAUGACCUGAUGUUUAAAGGCCUCCUCUGCCUGGCCCCAGAGGAGGCACCUGGCACUGUGACAGGUAGCACUUUGCCCAUCUUGUGGCCCUGAGAUUCUGGUGACCAAGGACACAGGUGCCUUUGGCUCAAAGCAUCUUGGGAGGCCUCAGCACCUAGACCUUCACGCUGGACGUUAGAGCGGAGCGUGUCAUGGCAUCCCAGGCUUGGCCCAAAGGUAUGAUUUUGGUUGCAGCAAAACACAGCAUGGACCCCUGCACCACCACUAUGCCCUGCUGUGUCUCCUGGAUGGUAUCUUCUUCUCAACCCCCCGGUGGGCCAUGGGGCGGUAUCAGAGUAGGCACACAGCAGACCUGCCAGGCACCAGAGCUCUUGCUGGUCUUGGCGGGCAGUGAGGAAUGAACCAGGCUUAGUGUCCCCAUCUGGAGUGCUGAGACCCCCUGAGGAGUGCUGGUGGGGGUGGGUGGCAGCCCUGGCCUGGCUGUGGGUCAGGAAAGGCUCCGUGGAGGUGUAAGAGUCAGCCUGGCAGUGGGGAGGCGAUAGGGAGUCGGGGAAAGUUGUGUGUGUGUGUGUGCAAGGAGCUUCCAGACCACUGGGAGCAGGGCUGUGGGAGGACCCCAGAGAUAACCAGGACCCUGUCCAGUGCUGAAGCAGGACCAUGUGUGACAAAUGUCAGCUGCCUGAUGUUUGGGGACAGGAUUUCCUUGUUGGGAGGAGUCUUUGGAGCUCCUCUGGGGCACUAGGACUUCUGCAGCCUGACCAUGCAGCGAUUCUGAGGGCUUCAUGCAGAAAGCAAUAUCUGAGGGCUAUAGUUCUCCACUGUGGUUUAAUUCUGUCCUACUUGCACUUACUGGGUGCCAGGCCUGAGACUGGGGGGAUAAAGCAAGUGCAAACUGUGCCCACAGCCUUGGAAAGACAGAGGCACACCAAAUGCCUGUUCAAGGUCAAGGUUAGCAGGAGUUUGAGGGACCAUGAGUUCUUUCCUAGUGGGAGCAGGAUGUUCCCCAAGGAGGAGGAAUAGCCAGGCAUGAAUGGGAGGCCUGACUGGAAAGAAGGUGAAAGGGUAUUCCAGAGAGAGUCUCAGGCAGGGGCCGAGGCCUAAAAGGUGAAGGGGACACACGGGUCAGGAUGGGUGGGACUAUUUGGGCAAGCUAAGGUGCCGAGGGACAUCUGGGCAGGGGGACAAGCAUAGGGAGGUGGGCAGGGUGAGCCUUGCUUGGGAGACAGCUUGGCUGCUGUGUGAGGGAAGGAAUAGGCAGAGGAGCCAGAAGAGCCUGAGGUCUCAGAGGACCAGGUAAGGAGAUAAGGAGUGACCUUGGAGGGUGAACUCAGUGAGAGGGUUUCUCAGGGGCAGGUGGUGAGGCCUCCCUGGAGCCCAGCUCUGGCCAGCAGCAGUGAGCACUGAGUAGAGGCAGACAGACAUGGCUUCUCAAGUAGUUUGUUCUCUCACUGGCUGGGCGGCCUCGAUCAAGGCACUCUACCUUUCUGAUCUCAGUUUUCUGUUCCCCAGCCUGAAGAACCAGCACCUCCCUCUAGGGGUGUAGGGUAAACUUGCUUUCUAAAGCCCCCAGCCUGGAGCCCUGGGCUGGGCCCUUCCAGAGCCUCCAGGACGUCCCCAGGCUCCUGUCCAGUGUGUGCCUCAGCUGCUGUGGUCAGGCAUUUCAUGGGCUGGAGCCUACUUGCUAUCUGUGCACCCUCGGGUUGGGCUGAAAGGCCCUGGAGGAGUCCUCCACCUUCCUGCCCUCUGCAGGAAGCCCAGCAGGUAUGGGCCCCAGCAGCCCCCAGCAGUACAAGCUCCCAGCAUGCCUUAGGUUGACUGUCACCCUUCCUUGUCUCCCUUGUCGCUCUCCCCUGCUCCCCUCCUGCAGGUUCCUGGGGCCGCUUCCCAAAUACAUCCCUCACCAUCUCCUUGUCUCAGUCCUAAAACAGGGAUGAACAUUCAUUCAGCAAACAUUGGGGACAAACUAGGAGGUGGGAGGAGUUUAUCCUGAUUGAGCCUUGGAGGGAAUGUUGGCAUCUCCAUCACCUACGGCAGAAGGACGAUGAAGAUGUUUGACAACUAUUCAGCCAAUGUGAUGGUGGACAGCAAACCUGUGAACCUGGGGCUAUGGGACACUGCUGGCCAGGAGGACUACGACCGCCUCCGGCCACUCUCCUACCCCCAGACGGAUGUUUUCCUCAUCUGCUUCUCCCUCGUGAGCCCAGCCUCCUAUGAGAACGUUCGGGCCAAGUGGUUCCCCGAGGUGCGACACCACUGCCCCAGCACACCCAUCAUCCUGGUGGGCACCAAGCUUGACCUGCGGGAUGACAAGGACACCAUCGAGAAGCUGAAGGAGAAGAAGUUGGCGCCCAUCACCUAUCCGCAGGGCCUGGCACUGGCCAAGGAGAUCGACUCAGUGAAGUACCUGGAGUGCUCUGCCCUCACCCAGAGAGGCCUGAAGACUGUCUUCGACGAGGCCAUCCGGGCCGUGCUGUGUCCGCAGCCCACGCGGCAGCAGAAGCACCCCUGUAGCCUCCUCUAGAGGUGGCACCCCAGCCCUUGCAUCCAGAUGAUUCUGACCCUCCAGGACCCCCACCCAAAGCCCUGGCUGUGCUGUUCCCUCCUUGUGGUGUUUCUUGGCGGCCGCUACAGAGCUUGGUGGAUUUCCACCUGGGGUGAGAGGGCAGGAGAUUGUGCGUGCUCCCACCCUCCCAGGGACUGCAGAAGAGCCCCAGGAUCCAGCAAGCUGCCCCGUGUCACUUGAGCACGUACCCAUUGUUCCAGUCCCAUGCAAUCCCCGACUCCCCUCUGGGAGCUUCCAGCCUCAUGCUGUAAGCCAUCCCUGGCAUGCCUUCAGGGACCAGGCUCUUGCUCUGCUAUCCACAGUCCUGCUUUUCUGAGCAUUCUCCUUCUACUGAGCAAAAAGGAGUGUCUCAGAAAUUUGCAACUCUGGCCUUAGUUCUAAUUUUGGGGGACAAUAUAAAACAAAUUGAUUCUCUAAAACUGUGGGUAUCUGUCCAACUAACUAGGCAGCCAACCCCUGCUGUCUUUCAAGAUUUUCUGCAUACUUGAAGGACCCUGGGAGAGUCUUAAAACUUUCGUACCCUGCCAGUCAGGACUUUAGCCAUUGCAAAUAGAAAGCCUAAAUCACCUGCUUAAGCAGAAAAUAAAUGUAUUGAUUCAAAUGAAGAACUAUCAUGACUUCAGGUGCAGUUUGAUCAAGGGGUUUGAAUGAUGUCACUGGGGCUUGCUUUCCUGUACCUCUUGGCUCUGC